AAUAAGGCCCAAAAACAAAGGCAACCAGCCAAGAGUAAACCCCACCUUAUUGUAUACGCUAUUUCUGUUAAGCCAACCCUUUUCCUCUCUCCCGCUCACUUUUACUUUUUCCUUCUUUGUCUCUCUUUGCCUCCUUCCCUACUUAUAUGGGGAUCUUUCUUCUCUUUCUUUCACUCAAACAUUUUUCAAUCAAUCUCUCAAUCGGGUUUCCUUCUUUUUUUGAUUUUUGAUUAGGGUUUUGUUCUUCUUCUUUUUAAACCCUUCAAAUUGUUUCUAAUUUUGUUUUUCCCUCUUUUUAAGCCUUCAUUUGAUAUAUUUGAUUUUAGUUAGGAAUUGGAUCGAUUACACAUUGCUAUUUCCCCUCAUAUUUAGCCUUUGAUUUGACCUAUUUGGUUUUAUUUAGAGUUUCGGGUGAUUCUCUUGUGUGAGUAAGAAGAUUUACUCCAUGGGUGAGGCCCCAGCUUUUCUGUUUGAUGAUCUUAACAGAUUUUCUGAAAAUGGUAUUGAUUUGGUUUGUAUGGGUAGGAAAACAACAAAUUUUAUAGGCAACACAAAGUAUGAAAUCGGGGAUCAUGAUGAUUCUGCAUUGUCCAAUGGAGUUAAAGUUUUUGACAAUUCCUUGGGAGAUUGGGUAUACCCUACAGUUUUGGGCACAAAGCCAACUUUGAGCUCUGAUCAUUGGUCUCUGCCACUAGGCGAAGAUCGGAUUUUAGUCAUUAAGAAUGGUGCAACUAUGGAUGAUAGUCUAUGGUUUCUUGAGGUGAACACCCCAUAUGUUAGAAGGCAGAAAAACCUUUGGGGAACUAAUGUAGUGGCUUGGAGUAAAGGAGUAAUAGGGUAUCCUGGAAAGCCUAUUGUCAUUAGUGGUCCUUCUGGUGUGGGCAAGGGUACUUUAAUAGCCAUGCUCAUGAAGGAGUUUCCUUCAAUGUUUGGAUUCUCUGUUAGCCACACAACGCGUGCUCCCAGAGAAAACGAGAUUAAUGGAAUUCAUUACCAUUUUACCGAGCGAUCUUCGAUGGAAGAGGAUAUCAAAAACGGGAAGUUCCUUGAGUUUGCGUCAGUUCACAGUAAUUUGUACGGGACAAGUAUCGAAUCAGUGGAAGCCGUUGGUGAUGCAGGAAAGAGAUGCAUCCUUGACAUUGAUGUUCAAGGCGCAAAGUCGGUGAGAGCUAGUUCUCUUGAUGCGGUCUUUAUCUUUGUCCGGCCCCCAUCAUACGAAGAUCUCGAGAAGAGGCUUCGUUCUAGAGGGACUGAGACAGAAGAGCAGAUUCAGAAGCGUCUUCGUAACGCCAAGGGAGAGCUCGAACAGAGCAGAACACCAGGUCUGUUUGAUCAUAUCUUGGUCAAUGAUGACCUUGAGGCUUGUUACCAGACUCUGAAGACCCAUUUAGGCUUACACGAAUCUGCUGACAAUACAUACCAAUCUGCCAUGAAGAAAGCUGGUUUUCCUAGGGUGAACUCGGUAUCAAAAGUCGGCACUACAAUAUUCUUAAACUCUUCAAACGCAGACCUCGGCAAUGCAUCGAAGAACUCGCUUGUGCUGGAUGUCUCCUUACUUAAAGGAGGAGCACCCGGACGAACUCGAGGGCUAACAGCAUUUGGAAAGCUCAGCUGACACAAGUCCUCCAAAUGUGCUAACAGCCGAAUUAAUUCUUCAAUUUUGGUUAAUUUUUGAUAUCUUUAGUUUCGUUCACGAUCAAUUACAAAGUCGCAAUUGUCAUUGUCGCUACUAAAUGUCACAUUUUGAGAAAUUAUCGCAAAAUUUAGUGAAAGUUUAAGUGAUUAAUUCAAUAUUCUCUUUUGCAUUA